CUCCGAGCCGCCUGACCGGUUGAACCAAUAAGGUCAGACUCGGGCAAUUCUGUCAAAUACUUUCCAGCUGCCGAUUGAAACGGUUGAACGGCCUGACCCCUGUCUCGUCGUCACUCUGUCAAAUUCCUAUUCCCUCCCAAAAGUUGAAUUGAAGAAACGAGGAACCCUAAACACCGAAUUGAUUCCUCUACCAUCUACCUCUGCUUGCCAUUUGGGGUGAAAGCAGAAAUUCCCACUUUCUCUCCGGCGGUGACUGGUCGGAGAGUUGAGGGGUUGGGUGCAGGCCAGUAGCCCAACAGUUCCAAGUCCUCGACUUCACAGUCUCUUUCUCGGGAAACAGUUUCCGAGUGCAGUUCGAGAGAUUGAAUUCAUUUCCACCCUCCGGAUUUUUGGAGAUAUAAGCCUUGCCCGUGGCGAUGAUCGAGCUAGGAGAAGAUGGGCAAAACAGUGAGCAACUUCUUGAGGAUCACGGAAAUGGACUCGAUUUUGACGACAACGAUCUUGAAAUCGAGACUGAUGACCUUGAAAUUGAUGACACCAACCUUGAUAUAGAUUCCCAUGCCCUUGGUAUUGAGGAGAGUGCUCUUCAGCUAGAGGGCAAUGAUCUCGAGAUAGAAGAGACGAACUUUGAGCUAGAAGAGAACAAUCUUGAGAUAGAAGACAAUGACCUUGAGAACGAUUGUGAGCAAAUGCUUGAAUUUGAAGAACAUGGUCAUACCAGCAAUGAUAUGGCAACCCCUGAUGCUGAAAAUGGUGAACCUCAGGUAAAUGUCUAUCCCGCACCUGUUGUGGGGAUGGAGUUUGAAUCAUACGACGAUGCAUACAGCUAUUACAGUUGCUAUGCCAAGGAUUUGGGUUUUGCAAUUCGGGUUAAAUCCUCGUGGACAAAACGUAACAGCAAAGAGAAGCGUGGUGCAGUGCUCUGUUGCAAUUGCGAGGGUUUUAAGACGAUGAAAGAAGCAAACAGUCGACGAAGGGAAACGAGAACCGGUUGUCUGGCAAUGGUAAGGCUGAGGUUAGUAGAAUCCAAUAGGUGGAGGGUGGAUGAGGUUAAACUUGACCACAACCACUCAUUUGACCCCGACAGAGUGCAGAAUUCCAAGUCCCACAAGAAAAUGGAUUCAGGAACUAAAAGGAAGAUGGAACCAACUGUUGACGUUGAAGUGAGAACAAUCAAGCUCUAUCGAACACCUACGACUGACCCAUUAGGCUAUGGAAGCUCCAAUUCUAAUGAAGGGGAAGGUAGCCACCAAACAGAUAGAUCCAAGCGCUUGAAACUUCAAAAAGGGGAUACACAGGUUUUGUAUAGCUACUUCUCUCAAGCUCAGCUGAAAGAUCCGGACUUUUUCUACCUGAUGGAUCUCAAUGAUGAAGGAUUUCUUAGGAAUGUUUUUUGGAUCGGAUCUAGGUCCAGGGCUGCAUAUGGUUACUUUGGGGAUGUGGUAAUAUUCGAGUCCUUGUGUUUGUCAAAGAAAUAUGAAGUUCCACUCUUUUCAUUUGGAGGGAUAAAUCACCAUGGACAGCGUAUUCUCCUUGGUUGUGGUUUGCUUCUGGAUGAGUCAUUUGAAACAUAUAUCUGGCUGUUCAGGGCAUGGCUUACAUGCAUGUUAGGUCGUCCUCCACAAACCAUCAUUACUGACCACCAUUGUCAGACUAUGCAAAGUGCAAUUGCAGAGGACUAUGGAACAUUUGAAAUUAUCAUGAAUGCAACUAUCUAUGAUUCAUCAAAAGUAGAUGAAUUUGAGACGGCGUGGGACCAUAUGCUGCAGCACUUUGGUCUUGCAGGUAAUGAUUGGCUGAGAACUCUUUAUGAAGACAAGGAGCAGUGGGCUCCUGUUUACUCCAAAGAUACGUAUUUCGCUGGAAUUUCUGUUUUCCAGAAGGGAGAAUCUAUGGGUCCAUUUUUCGAAGGGAAUUUGCACCAACAGACUUCUUUGAAAGAGUUUUUGGACAUUUAUGAAUUAGCUCUCCAAAAGAUACAUCAGAAGGAAUCCCUUGAUGAUUCUGAAUCGAGAAAUUCAACCCCGCCAUUGAGAACAAAUAGCUAUUAUGAGUUACAGGUGUCGAAAGUUUACACCAAGAAGAUAUUCGAGAAAUUCCAGGAUGAAGUCGUGCUGAUGCCGUCUUGCUUCAGCAUAUCACAAGUCAAUGCCGGUGGUCCUGUGGUUACAUACACGGUGAAAGAACAUCGAGGGGAGGAAAAUCUCGAGGAUCCUAGGAACUAUGAGGUCAUGUAUGACAAAGCAGGAGCUGAAGUUCGCUGCAGCUGUGGCUGCUUCAGCUUCAAGGGUUACCUAUGUCGGCAUGCUUUAUAUAUUCUAAAAUACAAUGGCGUGGAAGAGAUUCCUUCCCACUAUAUUUUAGGUCGAUGGAGGAAGGAUUUGAAGCGAAUCUAUGUUCCGGAACUUGGGUCCAACAAUGUGGAUGCAUCUAACCCAGUUCAGUGGUUCGAUCAUUUGUACAGACGAGCCAUGCAGGUAGUCGAGGAAGGAAUGGUAUCUCAAGACCACUAUAUGGUUGCUUGGCAAGCAUUUAAAGAGUCAUUGAAAAAGGUCCGUCUAGUAGCAGAGAAACAUGUAUGAUAGACUUUUGUAAUGACGAUGGCAUGUUGUGCAUAUAAUUCUUUGUAGAUGGGAAAGGAAUUUCUUUCAUGGAUCCUAAUUCAACAGGUUCUUCUUUUGUGAGUUUGAUUUUUUACUAAAUGUGUCAUCACUACAAGAAUAAAUGGGUAGCUUAGCAAUGUGUAUUCUUUCUUAUUCUUGCAAAGAGACAGACACAGACAGUUUUCAUCUCCCGUUCUCUACUGGUAGAAAUAAGUCAAUUAGCGUAUAUACGUUGCAUGUAAAUUUGAUUGUACUUUCGAGUAUUUAGUUCUCUUCUGUUCAACAUAAUGCAGCAGCUGAGAAAGCUGUUGAGCCUUUAGUAGCAUCAGUGUUCUGUGAUGGUCAUUUACUUUACACUGAGAAGGCAUUGCUACAAACAGGCGAGAGCAUCUGAUUUGAGUUUAGCAUUCAAAUCUAUUCAUAUGUAUAAAGUAAUUCACUUAGCACUGAUAGAUUUCGAGGUUUCUGAGUUUGUUUGUGCACCUUCUUUGCUAUCGAGCUUCUCCUGGCAGUUGAAAGUCGGUUUCUUUGUACAAGGCCUUUGGUUUCCUAUUUGCAUCAGUUUCUUUCCUCUACUGCAACUGUUAUGCUGAUAACAUCGAAUGUAUAAGCUAGCUUCUAAAUUUAUCAGGUAUCAUAACAAGAGCUUCUUCAUCGUCAUAGUCUUGCUUUUGAUUCUUGUACUUAAAAACUCUGGUGCUGCAAAAUUUAAGUGUUGGAGUCAUUGACUUCACCGCUGCAAUGUUGUUCUAUGUCGUUUGCUUCAAUCAUGCAGUCACAGUAUAGCCUGUAACUAUAAUUCAAUUCAUUGAUUACAUGGUAGUCUUGAAUGCGUAAACAUUCAAGUGAGGUUUGAUCUCAAUUGUUUUCUGAUGCAGCAGCUAAGUUGUAGCGAACUAGUGAUGGUCAUGUUGCCGUCCAGUGGCUACCUACUUAUCUUGCAUCAAAAUUGCGUAAAAGGUUCUACCCAAAAAAAAAAUUGCGUAAAAGGUU